GUGAGUGCUGCAUAAGUCUGCCUCUCUUCGAGUUGCUCUCGCUCGCCGUGAAAAAUCUUUAAAACCGCUAAAACCUUAAAUCUGAAUCUGAAUCUGAAUCUCUGUUUGCUUGCAAUUAUUCUUUUUUAAAGAAGGAAAUGCCGUCGACCCCGAACGGCUCCGUCCCCAAAACCCCGGAAUCAACGGAGCAGCACGAUGACACCUUCACAUCGUCCAUCAAAUUCGGGACUCCCGAGGCGCUCGACCAUGUCCGCUCCCUUACCGACGUCGGAGCCAUGACGCGUCUCCUCCACGAGUGCAUCGCUUACCAACGGGCCCUCGAUGUCGACCUCGACACCCUCCUCUCCCAACGCUCUGACCUCGACAAGAACCUCAACAACCUCCAAAGAUCCGCCGACGUUCUCGACAUUGUCAAGGCCGAAUCCGACCACAUGCUCUCCAACAUAACCUCCUCCUGCGACCUCGCCGACCAAGUCAGCAGCAAGGUCCGCGAGCUCGACCUCGCUCAGUCACGCGUCAACUCCACGCUCCUCCGCAUUGACGCCAUUGUAGAGAGAGGAAAUUGCAUCGACGGCGUGAAAAGCGCUCUCGACGCUGAAGAUUACGAGUCAGCCACCGAGUGUGUGAGGACAUUUUUGGAGAUUGAUAAUAAGUUUAAGGAUUCCGGAUCGGACCAAAGGGAACAGUUGUUAGCGUCAAAGAAGCAACUGGAAGGGAUCGUAAAGAAAAAAUUAAUGGCAGCAGUGGAUCAGAGGGAUCAUCCUACAAUUGUCAGAUUUAUAAAGCUUUAUUCGCCGUUGGGGCUUGAGGAAGAAGGGUUGCAAGUUUAUGUUGGGUAUUUGAAGAAAGUGAUUGGGAUGAGAUCUAGGUCAGAGUAUGAGCAUUUGGUUGAGUUGAUGGAACAAGGUCAUGGACAGAAUCAGAAUAAUCAGGUCAAUUUUGUUGGGUGUUUGACUAAUUUGUUUAAAGAUAUCGUGUUGGCUGUUGAGGAAAAUGAUGAGAUUUUAAGGAGUCUCUGUGGAGAAGAUGGAGUGGUGUAUGCUAUUUUUGAGUUACAAGAGGAAUGUGAUUCAAGGGGUUCUUUGAUCUUGAAAAAAUAUAUGGAAUAUAGAAAAUUGGCUAAGUUGUCGUCUGAGAUCAAUGCCCAGAAUAAUAAUUUGUUAGCUGUUGGAGCACCGGAAGGACCCAAUCCCAGAGAGAUUGAGUUGUAUUUAGAAGAAAUAUUGUCGUUGAUGCAACUUGGUGAAGAUUACACAGAAUAUAUGGUUUCGAAGAUCAAGGGGAUGACUACUGUGGAGCCGGAUUUAGUCCCACGGGCCACAAAAGCUUUUCGGACUGGAAGCUUUAGCAAAGUUGCUCAAGAUGUUACUGGGUUUUAUGUGAUUUUAGAGGGAUUCUUUAUGGUGGAAAAUGUGAGGAAAGCGAUACGGAUAGAUGAGCAUGUACCUGAUAGCCUUACUACUUCAAUGGUGGAUGAUGUGUUUUAUGUUUUGCAAAGCUGUUUGCGAAGGGCAAUUUCUACUUCAAGUAUUAGCUCUGUGGUUGCAGUACUGAGUGGUGCUAGUAGUUUGCUGAAUAAUGAAUACUAUGAAGCUUUGCAACAGAAAAUAAGAGAACCGAAUCUUGGGGCAAGGUUGUUCUUGGGUGGUGUUGCUGUUCAAAAGACUGGGACCGAGAUAGCUACAGCCCUGAAUAAUAUAGAUCUGAGCAGUGAGUAUGUUCUGAAACUAAAACAUGAAAUUGAAGAGCAGUGUGCUGAGGUGUUUCCUGCACCAGCUGUGAGGGAAAAGGUGAAAUCUUGUUUGUCUGAGUUGGCUGACUUGAGCAACACUUUCAAGCAAGCCCUGAAUGCUGGUAUGGAACAACUUGUGGCAACUGUAACACCUCGAAUCCGUUCUGUAUUAGACAAUGCAGCAACCAUCAGCUAUGAACUAUCAGAGUCUGAAUAUGCUGAUAAUGAGGUGAAUGAUCCAUGGGUACAGAGGCUUCUUCAUGCUGUUGAAAUCAACGUGGCUUGGAUCCAAUCCCUAAUGACUGCUAACAACUAUGAUUCAUUUGUUCAUUUGGUGAUCGACUUCAUUGUGAAGAGGCUGGAAGUGAUUAUGAUGCAGAAAAAGUUUAGUCAGCUUGGAGGCCUUCAGCUUGACAGGGAUACAAGAGCUUUGGUGAGCCAUUUCUCUGGGAUGACGCAGCGGACUGUGAGAGACAAAUUUGCUCGUCUUACUCAAAUGGCAACCAUCCUCAACUUGGAAAAGGUUUCGGAGAUCCUGGAUUUCUGGGGUGAGAACUCUGGACCUAUGACCUGGAGAUUGACCCCUGCCGAGGUUAGGAGAGUUUUGAGUCUAAGGGUUGAUUUUAAACCUGAAGCAAUUGCUGCUUUGAAGUUGUAAUCCAUAUCUGUGUAGCCUACCAUUUCCCUUAAAUAGUGUUUUGUAUCCUUGGCCUUUUGUGAUUGAUAAAAGUGAAACUUAAAAAGUAUAUAUCACCUUAACAGAAGUUGCCGAUAUGGUGUACCAAUCGUUCUUUGUCAUGUAAUUUUUUUAUUGUUUUAACACAAUUGAAAGAGCUGUUUUAUUAUUAUAUAUAUUUGAAUUAGCAAGAGUUGAUUUGCA